AUGCCGCGACUCCUGCUCGGGUGGUGGCUGGCCAGGUUGGCACAGCCGCUUCCUCUGCUCCCGCAGGAUCUCUACUGCCGGAAUGCCUCCUUCCGUUUGGCGAUGCCGGACACCAGCAAGGGUGGUGUGGCUCAGGCAGAUAUUCCCUGCGACAGCCGAGCUUUCGGCCGCGGGGCGACCUGCUGCGAAGCGGAGGACGUCGCAGCUGUGAUGGAACAUCUGGAGCACAGCAUCAGCUUCGGGAUGCGGCACCUAGCUGAUCGGCAAGAGUUUCUGGAUCAAUAUUCGGCGGCUUCACUCCAAAAGCAUCCCUGCGGGGAUGCCCCCGAGGCCAUGCUGAGUGCGCGGCUGAAGAAGCUUGUGGAGUGCCAACAGAUCUCACAGGAAAUCUUGAGCCUGCUUCAAGGGACGGUGAGUCACCUGCUUUGCGCGGCCUGCCGAGGCAGUGCAGAAGGCGAAGGAGCCGAGGGACUGCUAGUGGAGGCUGAGGCAGCCAUCUCAGACGAGUGGCGCCGCCUCUCUGCGCUGAUGCAGAAGGUCUACCAGGAGCUGCGUGCUCACGAUGCCGCUGUGGCCGGGCAGAUGCGACAGGUGGGCGUUGAAGCCUGUGUCAUGGACUUCAUCGAGGCACAACGUCGCGGCAUCCCCUCUCCGACGGCGCAUCGCGUGAGCAUACGGCCCUGGCAACAGCGAGACGGAGUGGGAGGCUUUCGGGACACCUGGCAGCGGUACGUGGACGGGCUUUUGGCCGUCUCCACGGAGCUGGCAGAGGCCCUCAUGUCCGAAGUGACGGGAUUGAUGUUGACCUACCAGCAUGCACUACAGCCGGAAAGCAAUGCGCAGUUUCUUCUUUGCGGAGUGCCUGCUGUAGCGCCGCCCCCGCUGCUGCCGGCGAGGUUGCCGCCCAGUGCGGAGACAGAUGACGAGGGACCCGAGGUGACUCUCCUCGUGGCGAUGCCGAAUCCUGGAACAAAUCUACGCUUUGAUUUCGCCAAUGAUAAGGCAACAUUGAGUAAAGAUGCUUUGCUCAAGCACGUCUCGGCGCUGAACCCGCUCCUGGACAAGAUGGCUCAAGGUGAGUCGGUGAAGAUUGUCAUCGUCACCGCCAACCCAGACCAGGCGUCCUAUCUCUCCCGGCUCAUCACUGGCCAUGAUCGGGUGCGACUCAUCUGGCGUCGUUUCGCCCUCUUCAACGCAGAAGAACUUGCCUUGUUCUAUGCGGGGAGGGCGGCAGACGAUGGGCCCAGGGUUGUGGCGUCUUUCCAAGUUCCCAGCGGCGGGGACGCGGCAGCGCUCCAGGGCUCUGCGAUGCUGCUGGCAAAGCUGAUUCGCAGUCCGUCCGUCAAAGUGGUGUGGCCGCAGCACUUGAACCCCGCACGACCAUCGUCUUGGCCGAGCCAGGUCCGCACCGCCGCUGGGCGUGGCUACGGCCUGGCCCUUCGAGAAUCUCCGGACACGGCGCCUUGCCCGGCGCUGGUUUCGGUCUUGAAGGAUUACCUUGACUUCCACCGUGCAGCAAGGAAGACUCUCCUGGAACAAGCGACCUUGGGUGCGGGAGGGCCAAUGCCUCGGCUGCUGAUCUACCGCUGCUCGGCUAUGGGCUUCUGUGGUGGCCACGGCGAUCGUCUGAAUGGACUCCUCGGGGUAUUCCUGAUGGCUAUAGCCUCUCGGCGUGCUUUCUUCAUUGACUCUGCACGUCCCGUCCCGCUGCAUCAGCUGCUGCAACCUCGCCGCCGCGCAGCCUCUUGCGGCAAAGCUCUUCAGGAUGCUGAGUUUCUCUUGGACUGGCGGUUGCAUGGCGCUAUCUCUGCUGUCGGUCGGAGGACGAACUACAACGAUCGAUACAAUGACUUGGUGGACGACCUUCCAUGGAUCUUGACCCAAGAGCCCGAGAAGGUGGUUGUGAUGCAUACCAAUCAGAGAGUUUCGCCAGCUGUGCUACAGAGCAAGGAGGCUCAGUCGCUGAUGGGGCCGCUUGCAGCACAGCUGCUGAAAACGCCGUAUCUCCAUGCAGCAUUGCUCGAGCUCCUCUUCGAACCCUCGCAGCUGCUUGCAGCCCGGCAUGCAGAGGUGCUGGAGGCCGCCAAGUUGGGGCGCAAGCGCCUCAUCGCAGUCCACUUCCGAGCAGGAGACAAGUCACCGAACAGGUGUGCCAUGCCACAGGCUUUUCCAGCGCUGCAUGCCUUAAGGAUCCGCCCCGGCACGGCCUCAGCGACUUGGAGGGCUUCCUGGGAUGUGCGCAGGGACUGGAAAGACAUCAGCGCUGGAAGGACGACGACGUGGCCUGGUAUCUUGCUGCCGACACUGCCGAGGCUGGCAUUUCUGCCAGGGCAGGGUGACGCCUCCAUUGUGCAUCUUGAUCGAAGUCCGCUUCCGGUGGCCGUUGCCGGGAUCACAGACACAUGGGCGCAGUGGCUCACUAUCGCCUCGGCGGAUGGCGUAAUUCUCAGCGCCAGCAACUUUGGGUUGACGGCUGCAGAGGCUGGGCGAGUUCCGGUGGCCUUCUUGGGAGCCUACGGUAGCGGCACUCCUAUCCUUGAUGUCAACUGCGGCAGCAUGAAUGACAGUUGCAAGCGGACAACUAUCACCCGGCAAUCCAAGGAGAUUCCCAAAUCGAAAUGUCAAUACAAGGAAACUGGUACGUGGAAUCCGCAGUGCGUCCAUGGCCUCGACGAGUUUGCGGAGUGUGAGUACAAUGGAUACCAGUACUCGAUGGAGUGGUACUUCAUCCAGAUGAUCCGUGAGGGUCAGCGGUACCGGGCAGAAUCUGUGGAGAAGGCACAAUUUAUCUACUUCCCGCAGUGCGUGUCGCAGAUAUAUUUCGCACUCCGACAGAGCUACAACCUCACGCACUGGCAGGCCAUCGAGCGAGCUGAAUUGGGCUAUUUGGUGCCCAUUCUUCGAUGGGCGCAUGCCUCUCCUGCACAUCGCGCGACCGGCGGUGUGAAUUUCUGGACCGUCUUCUCUAUGGACUUGGGCCGACAGGACUUUCCGCGGAGCGCUGCCUGGCUGCAGCCCUGGAGCAUCGGCUCCCUCACGGGGAGUCCUACUUGGACGAUUGACCAGCAGAUGCUGCACAAGAGCGCCUUUCAAGGAGCCACUUCCCGAGCUACCGACAGCUGCUGGGAGGAGGACACCAAGCCAGUGGCCUUGGCAAACGAGAUGUUCCCAGCUCGUAGCUUCUACGAGCAGGACACGGUCAUCUCCAUUCCUUCUAGGUUCAGCCCGCAUCCCCGGUCCCGGCGCUUCGGAGGGCGCCCGGUGCUGGGCUUCUUCGCCGGGUCGCCGAACUCUUGCGCAAGGACAAGGGUGCUGGCGGCACUUUCUGCUGAGCCUGGAUUCGAUGUUUCCACGAGUUUCGCCAAGGACGACGGCGACUAUCGCGAGCGCAUGUGGCGAGCUCGAUUCUGCUUCGUCCUUCGAGGAUCCUCUCACACGAACAAUGUUCGCCUGUACGAUGUCAUGGCGCAUGGAUGUGUGCCAGUGGUCGUGUCGGACGACUUCCAAGCCCCUUUGGACAGGCUGCUUCCCUGGAGGGAGAUGGCCAUCUUCCUGCCCACGAGCAGCAUCCCGAGGCUGGCAGAGAUUCUUCGGCACGAGAUCACUGAGGCCGACCGUUGGCGGUACUUUCAAAACAUCGCGCUGGGCAGCCCGCCAGGUGCGAAGGGCUUUCCGGCGGACGUCGAAAUGGCAAAGACGAUGGUAGCAGCCAAAGGAUUGGAUGAGGAGACGCUUUGGAGUGGCCUCUCCGCCAGCAAGGUCUUCGAGUGGCACGACAGCCAUUUCUGGAUGCUCUUCUUUGCCGACGUGGCCUCCAAGCUGCGAGAUCGAAUGCAGAAGGCCAAGGCGGCGGCCUCACAGGUGCGCCAGGGAGCUGUGCAGGCCGAGGAGAACGCGACCGCAGCGACGUCUGAGCUCCUUGCAGCCUUCCGAUGGCUCCUGGACUUGAGCAGGCGGCGCGAGCAACGUCCCUGGCUCGUGGUGGCUGCUGGCGGGGGCGUCUCUCCCGGACUCUUUCGAGCACUCGGAGGCUGGGGCGACAUUCGCGGCUGCUGCCAGGCACGGAUGCUUGCCGUUGAGUGGCAAAUGCCGCGGAGGACCGCGUUGAAGCUCCCGCAGUUGGUGACUCAUGCGGAGGAACGGUGUGGAGAGGUCGCAUUCGUGGAUCCGGAGACCGACUUCUCCACUCUCCGCCGACUUCAGAAAUCAGCGGCCGGUUUCUGCGGAAGGCAGCAAUGUGAAGCAUCCACCGAGAGAGCGCAGCAUCCUGCAGACAUCAUCAUGCAGGUUGGUAGGCGCUGUCAUCCAGAUCGACUCCAGAAGCUCCUGGAGCUCCAACCUCGCUACUUGUGGCUGGAAGGUACGAGCUCCUCACGCCCGCGCUCCGAGUUCCUGCGAGGUAUCCUGCAGGAAGGAUGGCUGUGCUUUCAUGCGGUCCGGUCACGUUUGUCACCGAUUUUCGAGCCCUUCACUGGCGAGCUGCAGCUGGGCCCAGGUGGAGCCCUUUGUGCAAAGGAAACUGACGAGAGCUUGGACCUGCUCUUCCGGCUAAACCCGAAAUUGACGCAGGGCCCGGAGCGCUGGGGUGCCCAGUUCAUCUUCAAGCCCGAGAAGGAGGCCGCCAACACACGGGGUCGUUUCUUGCAUUCCUUCAGCUAG